GUUUAUUUUUGGAACGUGCUAUCAUAGACGAUUCAGCAUUGAUCAUGAGUGAAAUUUUUUUUUAUUAUAUUAAGAUUAUGAUAAAUGACUCAUCAAAUCAGAGCAAUGAAAUGAUACUUCUAGAAGAUUCAGACUUAUAUGCGGUUAUUAACUGUUUAAUGAUAAUAGAUAACUUUAAUUUAAGUAAAAUUUGGAUUCAAGAAUCUAUAAGACAAAAAUUCUUAAUGUUUUCACAAAAAUAUCUUAAUUGUUUAAAGUGUUCCAUUUAUACAUUUCGAUCACAGAAAGAAUUACUUAUUCUUACAAGUACACCACCUCAUGAGAGCAUAAUGAGCACCAUAUCUAUAUGGUCAGAGGAUAUUAUAACUGCAAAGAACUUAGCCUCAUACUUAAAUAGAGAUAUCCUAUUCAUAAAUACACAUAUGGAAUUUAAUGGUGGCGUUCUGUUUGUUCCUUUUGCAAAAAUAAUUGACAACUUGAUGGAUCAUGUAAUUAUGAAUAGUAUCGACAAAACAAAUUCACAUAUACUCGAUAUAACUCCAUGUUAUAAGGCUAUAAAACUAGGUUUGGAACAUUACCAACAACGUCCGGAAAUUUAUAAUCUGUUUUAUGAUGGCAUGUGGCAAAAACCUAUGGAAGGCAUGUAUUGGGAACAUAACGACAAAAUAUUUGCACAUGCAACAAACGACGAUAUUAGGAGAUGUGUUAAAUCAGCAAAGAAAGGAUUCGAAGUUUGGCAUGCUAAUCCCAUUGCUUCUAGACUAGAAGUAUUAUCUACACUUGUAAAAACAUUAGAAUACAAGCGUCAUUUUCUAUUAUCAACCUUAGUAUCAAGAUGUAUAGAAUUCGCAGGUCUUUAUGAAAAUUCAAACGGAUAUUGCACUCGAGAUGAAACAUUAGAAUUAAUAAUAACUCGUAAACCAAAAGGCAUUAUUAUUCUUAGAGAGGAAAAUGAAAAUACCUUGUUUUUUCGAUUGACGCAAAGUUUACUUGCUGGAAAUUCUGUUAUUGUGAUAUUUAAUGAAAAUUUCUGUAACAUAACACCAUAUUUUAAUAUGUUUUCAAUAUCUAAUAUACCUCCUGGUGUUAUUAAUAUGCUAUCAAGUAAAAACGUAACGGAUUUAGAAUCAAGAUUAUGCGGAACACAGUAUUCAGCUUAUGUAAAACGAUUUUUCUCAGAAGGAAAUUUAAUCGAAAAAUAUACGAAGUCAUAUACACAACUUAGCUUACCCAAGCAAAUUGUACAUCCUCUUAAAUGAUUUUAUAUAAUAAUAUAAUCCAUAAAUAAUUUUUUAUUAAAGCAUAGACGCGUAAAGCAUAUACAUAUAUAAUCUAACUGCGUAAAGAAUAAUGUUAUUUUAUUUACAUAUUAAAAUUUUAGAGAAACAAUAU